AGCUCGGUCCACGAAGUGCCAAUAACGGGGGUUGGGGUUGGUUGGUUGGGUUGAACUUGACUCUGUGAACGGAGGUGAAGUUUGAGAAGGGCGAAAGUUGUGAAUGUGUCUGUGAUAAAUCCUCGCUCGAACAUGGCACUCUUCGUACGCUCUCUGCCCUGUGUUGGAGCAUUGCGACAGCUAGGUGGAGUUCGAACCAAUUAUUCUGACACCCGCAAGUUCUUGAAGCUCACGGCUGAAACUAAAGUGAUAAUUCAAGGCUUCACUGGCAAACAAGGCACAUUCCACGGAAAACAAGCAAUUGAAUAUGGUACCAAAGUUGUCGGUGGUUCAACGCCAGGAAAGGGUGGUCAGAAGAACUUGGAUCUCCCAGUAUUCAAUACUGUGAAAGAGGCCAGAGAUUCAGUCGGAGCAGACGCCACCUUUGUUGCUGUGCCCCCACCUGUUGGAGCAAAUGCCAUUUUAGAGGCCAUUGAUGCCGAGAUUCCUCUCAUUGUUUGCAUCACGGAAGGUAUUCCUCAGCAUGAUAUGGUUCGGGUCAAACACCGCUUGCUACGUCAGAACAAGUCUCGUCUGAUUGGACCCAACUGCCCUGGCAUCAUUGCUCCUGAAAGGUGCAAAAUAGGAAUCAUGCCUGGCAACGUUCACAAACGGGGAAAAGUUGGCGUUGUGUCCAGGUCGGGCACCCUCACCUACGAAGCAGUCCACCAAACCACAAGGGCUGGACUCGGACAAACUCUGUGUAUUGGCAUUGGUGGUGAUCCAUUCAAUGGAACAGAUUUCAUUGACUGCCUGGAAGUUUUCCUCAACGACCCUGAAACUGAAGGAAUUAUUCUUAUUGGUGAGAUUGGUGGUGUUCAGGAAGAAAAUGCUGCUAAGUAUCUCAUUGAGCACAACUCUGGCCCAAAUGCUAAGCCUGUCGUCUCAUUCAUUGCGGGUUUGACUGCUCCCCCUGGUCGCCGAAUGGGACACGCUGGUGCCAUCAUUUCUGGAGGCAAAGGAGGAGCUCAGGAUAAGAUUGAUGCUUUAGAAAAGGCUGGUGUGGUUGUGACAAGAAGCCCUGCCCAAAUGGGCAAUGAGUUGCUGAAGCUGAUGCUGAGGAAAUGAAGAGUCUGCUCUCCCUCCUCUUGUCUGUCUUUCCCAUCUUUCCACUUCUAGAGAGCUUGUUGUAAAUUUAGAUACCAGCAACAAGCUGUGCUACUGGAAUUCACUUGCUGCACAAGUUCAUCUAUCCUUAUUCUCUGCAUCUAAACACAAAGUAGGUAACAUUCAUCAUUCUACUUCUCUCCUGUUGUCAUCUGGUCAUUGUCGCAUCACUGCCAGGUGGAACACCAAAGUAUUCUUUAAUGUAACGGUAUAUGGUAUACUUCGCUAUGUCUGAUCUACCUGUGAGAUUUUAAAAGUAAGGACGGUGUAGUGUGCCAUGGUAUUGAGGCUUCUUUUUCUCUCAGUUCCCUGUAAAUAUGUCUUUUAGCUUUUCUUGUAACAUCCUUACCAACUUCCCAAAAAGCAAAAUCAGUACUGUUAAUUUAUUUUUAUCAUUGUUGAGCGUUCAUUCGCGUUGUUUUUACUGUACAGUCCUUUUUGUGUUGUAAACGGUUGCAACAUUCUAAAGAAAAGCGAAAUUAAAAAUUGCCUCUUUGA